AAGUUGCAUGUGCAGUGCUGGUAUUGGAGACGCAAAAAAGAUACUCUACUCCUGCAGAUCUCAUCAACUCCAAUGCACUAGGACCAACUCUUCUUUCCACACAUGUGUGCAUGUACUUCUAUAUUCAGAAUCUAAGUUCCCCAUGUCCUGCAUCUUCCCUUGUCUCUUCAUUAAUUGUAAAUGUGAAAUCUUUUCAAGACCAAGAAAGUGAAAAAGCAAGCAAAAAUGGAGGAGCUCAUAAGAGAAGGAAGGUCUCUCAAGGAGACACCAACAUGGUCAGUUGCAGCAGUCACUACUGUCAUGGUCUUUUUGUGUUUUUUUGCCCAAAGAUCUAUCUAUAACUUUGGAAAGUGGUUGAAGAAGACUAGAAGGAAGGCUCUUUUUGCUUCUUUGGAAAAGAUUAAGGAGGAGCUGAUGCUGCUUGGACUUAUUUCUUUGUUGUUGGGGCAGUGGGCAAAUGUGAUUUCACAGAUCUGUUUAGACUCCUCUCUUUUUAGUAGCAAGUUCUUCCUAUGUUCACAAGAAGAUUUUGAAAUCAAAGAGCAUAUUACACUCAGAAAGUCCGUGUUCUUGAAUGAGACUGAAGAUCCAUCUAAAGAAAUUAAAUUUCCGGUUACUCAUCAUUGUGGCAAGGGGCGUGAACCUUUUGUUUCUCAUGAAGGUCUUGAACAGCUUAAUCGUUUCUUGUUUGUUCUUGGCAUUACUCAUGUUCUGUAUAGUUGUGUUGCCGUUGGUUUGGCAAUGAGCAAGAUUUACAGCUGGAGGAAAUGGGAAUAUCUAGCAAGAGUUUCAGCGGAAAGCAAUUUUCAAGCAAAGAAAAACAAGGUUAUGAGACGACAAUCCACCUUUAUCUUACAUCAUGCAUCUCAUCCCUGGAUAAGGAGUAGAGUUCUCAUUUGGAUGCUCUGUUUUUUCAGACAGUUUAGGACUACUAUUCAGAAGUCAGAUUACUUUGCACUACGACUGGGUUUCAUCACCGUUCACAACUUACCACUUUCUUAUAAUUUCCACAAUUAUAUGGUCCGGAGCAUGGAAGAAGAAUUUUAUGGAAUGGUGGGAAUAAGCUGGCCACUAUGGGGCUAUGCCAUAAUAUGCAUCUUCAUAAACAUACAUGGUCUAAAUAUUUACUUCUGGAUUGCAUUCAUUCCUGCAAUUCUCGCCAUGUUGGUGGGAACAAAACAACAACACAUUGUGUCCUUGUUAGCGCUUGAAAUUGUGGAACCAAAGGAUCCAUCUGUCGGAAGCCAAGUAAAGCCAAGUGAUCAUCUUUUUUGGUUUCGAAAACCAGAAAUAAUGUUGCGCUUAAUACAGUUCAUAUCAUUUCAGAAUGCCUUUGAGAUGGCAACCUUUAUUUGGUCCUUGUGGGGAUUAAAGCAACGAUCAUGUUUCAUGAAGAACCAUACAAUGAUUAUCAUACGGCUGGCUUGUGGGAUUAUGGUCCAGUUCUGGUGUAGCUAUAGCACUGUGCCUCUGAAUGUUAUCAUUACACAGAUGGGUUCUCGGUGCAAGAAAGCCUUGAUAGCAGAAAAUGUGAGGGACUCACUCCACAGUUGGUGUAAAAGAGUGAAAGAAAGGUCUAAGCGCGAUGCUGUAAACUCCAUAGCAACAAGGUCUACAUGUUCACUGGGAUCAACAAUAGACGAAGGCGAUGAAAUCAUUACAGUGGCAUCUCCUACUAUAUCACCCUGCUCUUCUAAUGCUUCACUGAACCAACUAUGCAUAGCAUCAAGUGAUCCACCAACUAAUGGUCCUGACCAAUUUGAACACGAGCAUUCUUUUCGGGCAUCUGAAUAUGCAACAGGUGAUGUGAACAAUGGGAAUGUGGAAGAUCGUAAGGACGAAAAAACUGUGACAUUGUUUGAAUUGUUGAGAAACACAUGAAGGUUCAUAAUCUGUCAACUAUACUGCUUAUCCAAUAUCCAUUACUCUGAAUUAAUAAGCAUCUGCACCUCAUUAGUCAUUACAUUAUUUGAACCCCUCUAAAGCUUAAGAGUAGCUUUUCGAUCCAAAGUUCAUUCUAGAGAAAGGAAAUCCGUGUUCUUGGAAAAAUUUAUUCGUUAAUU